CCAACAUGGCGGCGCACAUGAGACGCUUGACACAUAGGUACAGAGCAGUGAUAAACAAGAAUUUAACAUCACGUAUAAGCCUCAGAGGAUGUUUAUCAAGGUCAUAUUCUCAGGUUCAAACAGACUUUUCGUCUAAUCAAGUGCGGCGUACGUUCACAGAUUUUUUUCAUGAUCUCUACCAACACAUAAUUGUGCCAUCCUCCCCGGUUCGUCCGCGGGGAGACCCAAGUCUCCUGUUUGUCAACGCAGGCAUGAACCAGUUCAAGCCCAUUUUCCUGGGAGCAGCAGACCCGCUCAGUGAAAUGGCCACAUACCGGCGGGUGGUGAAUAGUCAGAAGUGUGUCCGGGCUGGGGGUAAACACAACGACCUGGAAGAUGUUGGUCGAGAUGUCUACCACCACACCUUCUUUGAGAUGUUAGGAAACUGGUCCUUUGGCGAUUACUUCAAGGAGGAAGCGUGCAUCAUGGCCUGGCGUCUACUCACAGAGGAGUACAGGAUUCCUCCAGAACGCCUCUACGUCUCAUACUUUGCCGGUGAUACCACCUCUGGUUUGCCAGCAGAUGAGGAAACGCGCCACAUCUGGCUAAGCAUGGGAGUGCCCUCUGAUCACCUCCUGCCAUUUGGGAUGAGGGACAACUUUUGGGAGAUGGGGGAGAUUGGCCCCUGUGGUCCCUGCACAGAGAUCCACUAUGACCACAUUGGGGGCCGUAAUGCAGCCUCGCUGGUCAAUGCGGACAGUCCUGAUGUUGUCGAGAUUUGGAACCUGGUCUUCAUGCAAUACAACAGAGAGGCAGAUCACAGCUUGCGGUCACUCCCCCAGUUCAGCGUGGACACUGGCAUGGGUCUGGAGCGACUGGUGACCAUUCUCCAAGGACAACGCUCCAACUACGACACUGACCUCUUUACCCCUCUGCUGUCUGCUAUACAACAGUGCUCCAAUUGCCCUGAGUAUAGAGGGAGGACUGGAGAGGCGGAUGUGGGCAAAGUGGACAUGGCAUACCGCGUCGUUGCUGACCACGUGCGCACCCUGUCUGUCUGCAUUGCUGACGGAGUCUACCCAGGCAUGUCUGGGGCCGAAUUGGUUUUGCGCCGUAUCCUCCGGCGAGCUGUGAGGUUCAGCACUGAGGUACUGCAGGCCCCUGAGGGAGCGCUGGCAAGCCUGGUACCCACUGUUGCUCUUAUCCUGGGUGAUGCUUAUCCUGAACUGCAUAAAGAGACAGAUAGGAUCAUGGAUAUAAUCAAUGAAAACGAGGCCCAGUUCCUGUCCUCUCUGAAGCAGGGGCGCAGAGUGAUUGACAGGACACUCCAGAGAUUGGAGAAAAAUGACACUCUAUUCCCAGCGCCUGUGGCCUGGUCUCUGCAUCGUAACCUGGGCUUUCCUCUGGAUCUCAUUGGACUAAUGCUGGAGGAGAAGGGCUUGAGUGUUGACCAACAGGCCCUUUAUGAGUUGGCCAUUGAAAAUGAAAAGUGUCAGGUUCAGACCUCAAUUGGGGAUACGCUGGUCCAUCUGGAUCUGCACAGCCUAGCCCAGCUGCAGAGUGGAGAAGUCCCCCACACAGACGACUCUCCCAAGUACCACUACAGCUUGGCACAGGAUGGCAAAUAUGUGUUCCAGCCCUGCCAUGCUACCGUGCAGGCCCUGUACUGUGGACAGUCUCUUGUCUCGAAGGUGGCCGGGGGCCAGAGGUGUGGUGUGGUGCUGGACCGGACCUGUUUCUAUGCAGAGCAAGGCGGGCAGUCCCACGAUCAGGGCUACUUCAUCAGAGAUGGACUGCCGGAUGUCCUGUACCCUGUUGAGGCUGUGCAGGUUGCUGGGGGAUAUGUGGUUCAUCAGGUCACUGCUGCUGAAGUGCUGAGAAAAGGAGACCAGGUCCAGCUCUACGUAGAUGAGCCACAGAGACUAGCCUGCAUGGUCAAGCACACAGCCACACACGUCCUCAACUUCGUCCUCCGUCAGCUGCUGGGUCCUUCUGUGGAGCAGAGAGGCAGUCAUGUCGCUGCAGACCGCCUACGCUUUGACUUCAGCGUCAAGGGAUCAUUGAGUAUUCCCCAGCUCCAGGAGAUUGAGAGGAGCAUCCACAACAUUAUCACAGAGAAUAAUGCGGUGUACAUAGAGGAGGUUCCCCUGGCCCGGGCUAAAGACAUCCCAGGACUAAGGACUGUGGAUGAGUUGUACCCUGAUCCAGUGAGAGUGGUGUCCGUGGCAGUUCCCGUGGCAGACCUGUUCAAUUCUCAGACGGAUAGACGGACGUCAGUGGAGCUCUGCUGUGGAACGCAUUUACUGAGGACCGGGGAGAUCGGGGAUUUGGUUAUAAUUUCCGAGAGGCAGAUGGUUAAAGGGAUCAGCCGUAUCGUGGCAGUCACUGGAGACGAUGCCAGAGAGGCUCGAGAGGCGGGACAGAACCUGACCCAGGAAGUGGAGUCUCUGUCGGCACGUCUUGCAGUGGUCGCCAGCCCCUCCCUCGCAGAUGCCCACCGGCUGGCCAAAGAAGUGGGCAUACUGACAGAUGCAGUGGAUUGCACUCCCAUACCACAGUGGAAGCGGAGAGAGCUUCAAACUCGCCUCAAAGGUCUACAGAGGACAACCAACACAAGCAUAAGGAAACUGGAGACCAAAGAGGCUGCUGUGAAAGCCCAAUCACUAUUCAAAAAGAAUGGCAACAAGACUAUUGUAGUGGACGCUGUGGACACAGACUCUAUAUCAGUGCUGAUGAAGACAGUGAACCAAUACAGUGACAUAGCCCCAGGGACCCUGGUCAUGCUACUCUCCCACCAGCAGCCAUCGGGGAAGGUCCUGUGCGCGUGCCAAGUGCCCAAGGGCUUUAGUGCGCUUUCUGCAAGUGACUGGGCCCUGACAGUGUGUACCCGCCUGGGAGGGAACGCAGGUGGCUCUGCCACUGUGGCAAAGGGCACAGGGAGUGUGGCCGACCUCACUGAGGCACUCAGGUGUGCUGAAGAGUAUGCACAGGACAAGACCCAAAACAUACGCUGAGUACAAACGUCCAGGGAUCACAAGCCCACAUUUAUCAUAGGGUGUAGGCAAAAUAUACCCCUGUUCAAUGGAAAAGUUAUUCAGCUGCCACGUGGGGGGCAGACCCGUCGCCAGACCUCAGUCUUAAGGGGGGCAUAUGAAAUGCAUGGGAGGGCAGGGCACAAUUAUUAUUA